AUCCUUUUUUAAAUAUCUUUAUAAAACCUAUUAGAAGGAUUUGCUAAUUCUUACCCAAAAACAUAAUCAUUUUAAUUUGAAGUAAAACGAAAACAGAAAAAAGCAUGUCCACACCAAUGGGCACUUUGAACACAAAUGGGCUAGAAACAGAUAAAGAAAUAGACAUUUGGAAAUCUGGACGCAGACCAUCGAUUAAUUUACUCGAUAUGACUGAGCCUGAAGCCAAAAGCAAAACCUUAUAUGAUUCACUUCAAAAGUUCGAUCCACUACAGCCACGUGUAGAUCCUCCCGACAAGAAAAAAUCAUCUGCUGUUACCAUAGAUAACGAGGAAAAGCUGCAGCAAGCAACAAAGGUGACACCUACACGACUUCCAACACCACGUCGACCUGCACUUUCAAGUCAUGUGUCGUCUGAACAUAUUCAUGCUAAUUUAAUCAUGAUGGACCAGCCUGUAAAUCCACCUUCAUCAUCAUCCAAUGCUAUACAGCUUGACCCUACACCACCUUCUUCUCCUGGGAGACGUAUUAGACAGACAUCUAUAGCUAGGCUUGCAAAACCAAUCGUACGAGAAUCACUGGGGAAAGCUAACCUGGAUUUAGCUGAAUUUGAUCCACUUAUAUCACCAGUUAAAGACAAGAGACUGUCCGCAUCAUAUAAUGAAGCUGUAUCCAAAUCCUCUACUAAAAAAGGAGUUCAGAGUUCAUUGGAACUAGCAAGCAAUUUGAUGAAACAAGAAAAAACUAGCCCUAAACAAUGUAUAAAUAAUCCAACCACACGAAUUCCCUUACCAACAUUACAACGCACCGAACAAAAAAGUGAAAUAGAUGAAACACAAAAGCAGCAGCAAAUUGUACCGCAAGACUCUUCAGCCAUCAGCCGAUUUUGUAACAAUAACGAUCAGGUGCCUACAACCACAUCAAAACUUCGAAAACCCGAGAUUAUUGUGCCUAAGUCUAUAAAAAGAUUACCUAAAAAGGAAAUGUCCAUGAAUUAUCACAGGCGUCCGUCUUACCCAACUGCUGCGAACGAAAUCCUGCAAGAACAAUGGGAUAAGGAGCGAGAAAAAUCACGAACCUUGUGCGCUAAUUUAGUUUCGGCUCAAGGUCUCAUUAGUCAACCUGAUGAUGAAAAUGAAGGGUUUGUACCCCCUUUAAUAUUAAAAUCCUCUUCGCAUGAAUCAAGGAUGGAAAAAAUACACGACAGACUACAAUGUCUAGUCGACGUGGGCACUACCGAAGAGGAGGCGUCCGUUCCUGAAUAUAAAAAAGAGACUGGAAACCCAAUGUUAUUAAGCGCCAAAACUGCUUUACAUAGAUUCAAACCGUUUUUAUCGCCUUAUGAAAAGACGGAAAUUUUAAGAUACCCUUCAAUUUACUGCGUGGGAUCUCAUGCCAAAAAGCAUAUGGCUUCUACAGACCAAACGGCGUUAAACUAUGGAUAUGAUGAUGAGAAAGGGGAUUAUCAAAUUGUUUUAAAAGACCAUUUAAAUUAUCGGUAUGAGAUCGUGGAAAGUUUAGGAAAAGGUUCGUUCGGUCAAGUGGUAAAAUGUAAAGACCAUAAACCCGCAUCUUCCCAACCGCCCUCGGAUGAUCCCACAUCGAGCAAUUUGGUGGCCGUCAAGAUUAUUCGCAACAAAAAGAGAUUUCACGCUCAAGCACAGACUGAGGUCAAAAUACUUGAACAACUGAUGGCCUGGGACCCAAAUAAUAAGCAUUAUAACGUUAGAAUGAUGGACAGUUUUUAUUUCAGGGACCAUUUGUGUAUAGUAUUCGAAUGCUUGAGUUUAAAUUUGUAUGAAAUUUUGCAACAAAACUCUUAUCAGGGAUUUAGUAUGGGACUUGUUAAAAGGUUUGGAUACCAAAUUUUAACAUCUUUAAAGUUACUGAGUGAUCACAAUGUCAUACAUUGUGACCUGAAACCGGAGAAUAUUUUGCUGCGUCAACCAGAUCGAAGCGGAAUCCGCGUCAUUGAUUAUGGAAGUUCAUGCUACGUCAACGAAAAAGUAUACACGUACAUUCAAAGUAGAUUUUAUCGUGCCCCCGAAGUAAUUCUUGGCUUAGAUUACGGUUUGCCUAUCGACAUGUGGAGUACUGGCUGUAUUUUGGCCGAGUUGUAUACUGGGCGACCAUUAUUUCCUGGCGAAAAUGAACCGGAUCAAUUAGCAUGUAUCAUGCAGCUAUUGGGCGUACCAGAUAAGCAAUAUUUGGAGCGAUGCUCAAGGAAAAAGCAGUUUUUCGACAUGUAUGAUCAGCCUCGAAAAUCCAUCAAUUCCAAGGGUAAAAAAAGAAGACCAAACUCGCUGACUUUUACAGAGGCAUUAAAACGAUCAACUUACGAUAAUUUCGAUCGAGAUUUUGGGGACUUCAUUAGCCGAUGCCUUACUUGGGAGCCAGAAGCAAGGUUAAAGCCUGCAGAAGCGUUGAAACAUCCUUGGGUUCAAGCCAUGAAAAAAUAAGUCUCUCUCUCUCGACUAUUAUGUAUUAUAUAUUACCCCCCCCUCUCUCUCUCCCUCUCCCUCUCUUGUUUUUUUUCUUUUCAGAAAAAAAAAUCUUAUUGACACAUUAAUACCCCCACCUACUUUUCUUCUUAUUCAGUGAAAAUAAACAACAAUGCGCACCGACAUGAUGCUCUUAGAAUAUGCCCGUUGU